AUGCGUUUCUUUAAUAUAUCGGGCAUUUUAUUGGUGAGCUUAUGUGGCUUAGUCGCCGGCUAUUAUACCCAUCAUGGUGAUGCUGGUCAUGGUGGUUAUGGUGGUCAAAGCAAGGAAGUUGGCUAUGCGGUAACUACUGAUCAUGGUCAUGGUGGUGGUCACGGUAGCGGUCAUGAAGGUGGUCAUGGUCAUGAUGACGGACAUGCUAAUGGCGGACAUGACGUUGCUGAUUCUCACACUAUUAGCCACUAUGGUGGUCAUGGUGAUGGUCACUAUGGUGGUCAUUACGGUGGUCAUGGUGAUGAUGGUCACGAUUAUCAUGCUUAUCCCAAAUAUGAAUUCAGUUAUGGCGUUAAGGAUACAAAAACUGAAGACAUUAAAAGUCAUUCAGAAUCACGAGAUGGUGGUCAUGUCAAGGGCAGCUAUAGCCUUAAGGAAGCUGAUGGUACCACCCGUGUUGUAGAAUAUUCUGCCGAUAAACACAAAGGUUUCAAUGCUGUUGUUCAUACAUUGGGUCAUGCUUCUAGUGGUCAUGAUGCUGGUCACUACUAUGGUCAUGGUGAUCAUUAUGGUCAUGCCUCGAGUUAUAUUAUUGUCAAGAAACAGGAGGAAAAGAAACAUUAAUGUGAAUGUGUAAGAGAAUUUAAAUUAUUGUUAUUUGAUGGUUGUUAAUUGUU